AUGGUUUUGAGAGAGAGUAGCGUUGAGGUCCUACCUGACAACGAGUUUGCGCCCGUGUGGGCAGCCACGCCCAUGGAGCUGACCAUUUAUGAAUCAUCACCCCGAGGUACUGUUAUAGGGAGCUACGAAUUCAUUCAGUUCUUUAAUUAUUCGUGUGGCGUUACUCACAACACAGGGGAACCAUCGGAAGGACUCUUUGCCCUCAACCCUGUGACCGGAACUCUCCGUACCGCCGGCUAUCUGGACCGUGAUAUCACUACAGAAGAGAUGUACUACGACCUUACCCUCACAGCCAGAGACGAUGGCGACCCCUACAAGGAGACGUCAGCAACGCUGAAGAUCAUCCUCGACAACGUCAACGACAACGCCCCAGUGUUCACUCUGACAGACUAUCAGAUUGACGUUGCGGAAUCAACGACUGUGGAUACGGCGAUCUACUCUUUCAAUGCCUCUGACGUCGACGGUGAUGUUGUCGUGUACUCUAUUAAGGAAGGCGACACAGACGUCUUCGGUGUUCAGGGAACGUCUUUAGUGACUCUUACAAAACUUGAUUAUGAAACAGUGAGCUGGUACUCGUUGCUGGUGGAGGCAUCGGACGGGCUGUAUACAACGACUGACCUCCUCCUGGUAAAGGUGAUUGAUGAAAUAGACGAACAACCCGUCAUAAUAGUCAGUAACCCAAUCACUUUGUUGGAGGAGUUGCCUAUUGACACCGACGUCAGCUGGGCCUUUGACGUCACAGACAAUGACGUCAUGGACGAUCUGCAGUAUUCUCUUAUUGGGCCUGAUAGUUCGUCUUUUAACAUCAACCCUGACACCGGAGAAAUGACCGUUGCCAAUCGACUAGAUAGAGAGGUCAAGGCCAGUAUGGACCUAACUCUUCAAGUUCAGGAUUCAUCUGGUCUUUUCAGCGAAGCGGACAUGGCCUUCACCCUCGCAGACGUUAACGACUUCGCGCCGACGUUUGACGCCAACACUCACGUUGUAUAUACGACAGAGAGGGGACAAGGCGAUGUGGAUCUGAUGACUUUAGUUGUUACUGACCGAGACGAAGCAGACAACGCUGAUUUCGACGUAACUAUUACUUCCGGUAACGAUGGCGGCGAGUUCCGGUUGGACGGCCUCGUUCUGAAAUGCGACAGCUCGAUGAUUGACUACGAGAACGCAGCAGUGAACAACUACACGUACAUUCUAUCUAUACAGGCUGCGGAUAAACCCAUUGAUGGCAGCAGUCUGACUGGGUCUACAGUUGUCAUUGUUCGUGUUCAACCCCUGAACGAGUAUGAACCUGUGUUCGAAGCACCUGUGCUGGAAACGGAUGGACGUUUCCCAGAAAUAGCUGUUGACGAGGAUGUUGGAACUGGACAUGUCAUUAUCACCUUCGACGUCAGAGAUCAGGAUGCCGGGAUUGACGGUGACGUCACAUAUGACAUCGUUUCGGUCAAAGAUGAAAGAGACGUAGACAGGAGCCACCUCUUCAUUCUGGACAACAAAGGCAUACUUCGUACAUCCGGGCAACUUGACUUCGACCAAUCAACAGGCGGCUUUGAGUACGUCACACUUGUCAUCCGGGCUGCGGAUGGUGGAGCCGUGAUGAAGUCUACAGAAGGAAUUCAACGUAUCGUUCUGUCCGGCGUGAACGACAACGCGCCCUAUUUCAAAUAUGCUCCGUCAGAGGUGAAUAUCGACGAGAACAUGGUCAUUGGUGAGGUGGUCUUUGACCUUGACGUUCAAGAUCCCGACGGAGAUGCCGUGACUUUGACGCUGUCUGGCAGCACAGCGUUCCAAACAGCGUUCGGAAACAGCGUGAUCGUCAAAGAACAAUUAGACUUCGAGUCCAAACAGUGCCACACUCUAACAGUAAGUGCCUCGGACGGAACUCACGAAACCAGCACCUCAAUCACCAUCAACGUCCUGAACAUCGUGGACGAGGCACCGGAAGUAACUCUAUUGCCUCCCUUGACUCUAACCGAAGAACAACCAAUAGGAAUGGGAAUUGGAUGUUUCUUCUCUGUCAGUGACCCGGAUGUAAACGAUACAGUUACAUACACCUUGUCAGGAACCGGUGCUGAAUAUUUUAACUUGGAAUCGUCCGGAGAACUGACCAUUGCCAAACGAAUUGACCGUGAUAGCCCAGGUGAUGUGACCUCCAUUGAUGACCUCCUUCUGACCGUCACUGACACCGCCGGACUUCAGACCUCAGUCAGUUGGAACCUCACCGUUGUCGACAUCAACGACAACGCCCCUGUGUGUGACGUCACGGGACAGGGGAACAUCACGGAGAAUUCGGCUGAAGGUGUGGUCAUAUCGGACAUUGCUUGUACGGACCUGGACGGUGGCGAGUAUGGGGUUGUGGGUCUUGAUCUGGAAGCAGGGGUCUCCCAGUUCAAGUUCUCUGGGACCCAACUUCUCACAUCUGGAGAACCCGUAGACUACGAGGCCACUAGCGACGUGUACAACGUCAAAAUUGUGGCCGUCGACAAUCUGGCUGGUGAACCACGUCUCACCUCGACGUCAGUCGUCACUGUAAAGGUCCUUCCUGUGAACGAGCACACCCCCGUGUUUAUAUCCCCGGAUAUUUAUGGCGGCGGCAACUUUGUCGAAGUCUCCGUUGCUGAAGACGCUGAUGUAGGAGCGGUGAUCGACACCUUCGUGGCGACAGACGAUGACCUUGGCAGUGAUGGUCACUUGACAUAUGGCAUCCCUUCAGUGAUAUCAGGUGUCCAGGAAGACGGUUUGUUCACAAUCGAUGCAUCGUCUGGACAGCUCAGAGUUUCCGGUCAGCUAGACGCUGAUACCGUCACCGGCGGCGUCGAAUACUACAUCGUCAACAUCACUGCUACGGACGAAGGCUCACCCCCUCGCUCUACCCAUGGUGCAUUGCGCGUCAAUGUCAUAGGGUCUAAUGACAACCCGCCCGUAUGGAAUAUGACUAUUCAGGAAGUGGACGUUUUUGAAAACGCCAGUGUAGGACAGGACGUCGUCUCUCUGAUUGCCGAUGACGUCGAUGGAGAUACCGUGACCUUCAGCACUUCUGAUACCAAGUUCAAGGUUGACGGGUCAAUGUUGAAGAUCGAAAAGCAACUUGACUUUGAAUUUGAACGGUUCCAUACAAUAAUAGUCAGCGCCACGGACGGAACGUACCCAGUUGACCAGACACUGGUCGUACAUGUCUUGGACUCAAACGACGAGACUCCUGUUGUCACGGUUACUAAGGAGAUAUACAUUCCGGAAGAAAUUCCAGUGGGGACGGACGUCGCAAGAGGAUACACCGUGAGUGACGCGGAUGAAGACGACACCCUCACCUUCAGUCUGCAAGGUGACGACAGUGACUUGUUGGUCGUUGACAGUACAACUGGCCAGCUGACCCUCGGACAAAACCUGGACUUCGAGACUUUAACAUCAGCGACACUUGACGUCAAGCUGCACGUCACUGACGAAGUCGGCCACAGUGUGACGCAGUCCCUAGAAUUGGUCGUCACUGACGUCAACGAUAACACGCCCACCUUCUCCAGUGCUAUCCACAGGGUGGAAGUAACAGAGCAAGUUGCGGGAGAGACCGAUCUGCUGACACUCAUUGCUACGGACGCUGAUGAUGGAAACAAUGGCGAGUUUAGCUUCAACAUCAGCGACGGCAACACCCACAACUUGUUCCGACUUGACGGAAAUGUCCUCUACGUGCAGUCGAAGGACGUGGACUACGAGGAGGCAGAGGGAAUUGACUUUACGUAUUCGGUGACUGUCACCGCCGUUGACCACGCAACAGAUGCCAGAACGGGCGUCACCGUAGUCGUCGUUGAGAUAAUUCCCGUGAAUGAACAUGAUCCUGUACUGGAGGGUGUUACCGACGGAAAAUUCCCUGGAAAAAGUCUUCCGGAAGACACUGCACCAGGAUUCGAAGUCCUAACCGUCCACGCGACUGACGCGGACCUCGGAGAAGACGGUGAAGUGACGUAUGCCAUUACGUCAGUUCUCUCGGAUGCAGCUGAUGCUCCUGGUAAAUUCACUAUUGAUUGUGACACUGGAGUUCUGUCAACUGCUAGUGAGCUCGACUUUGAUCCUUCCACGGGAGGUUCUAGUUACUACGACAUCACAGUGUCUGCCUCAGACAAGGGAACGGAGCCUAAAACAUCAGCAGCAGUAUUGCGAGUUAGCCUCACCGACAGCAACGAUAUAGCACCAGCGUUUACAGACGUCUCCUACACUGCCAACGUGGGCUGCAACGACGAUCUGGGCAGUGAGCUGUUGACAUUGACGGCGGAUGACGAAGACGGACCAAGUGUGGAAUAUAGCAUCGAUGUCAAUCCUUACCUGAAAGUCAAUUUAGCAUCAGGUUCGGUAACUCUGGAGGCCUUCCCCACAGGUGGCGCUGUUGCAGAUCUGGCUCAGUCAGUUGUCGUGACUGCUACCGAUGGCAAACUGGAGGACAAAUGUCACUUGUUGGUGCUGUUUAAAACUUGCGAUCCAACUACUACUACUAGUACUACGACAGCAACAACCACAACAACAACGGCAGCACCGUGCGUUUGCAGCAACGCCUCGACUUCAGCUGAUCCAACUACUACUACUACGACAACAACAACAACGUCAACAGCGUGUGUUUGCAACGUUUGCAACAACGCCACAUCAGCUGUUUCAACGACAACGACGACACCUGUAACCUGCCCCAGCGACGUCACUGCAGCACCAUGUGUGUGCAGCAACGCCACGGUUGCUGCUAGUGUAGAUAAAGACAGGGACGAUUCAGCUGAAGUGUGGGCCAUGAGAGCUACCGUUAUUUUGAUGGCCAUGAUGCUUAUGGCAGCGAUUGCGAUGUAUCUGAAAAAUGCUUUAACAAAAGUUCCCCAAUCGACUCCGGUAAAUAAAGUUCAACCCAGGACGAACAGCAUUGAGAGGGGCAUUGGCAGGGAUGACUACGAUCUAAGGAUUGAAGACUUUGGCAAGGGGUAACACAGAGGUGAAAAGUGAACAUUUAUGCUGACGUUACAAAACAUCUCCAUGGUUACCAACAUUCAUCGCAGAUACAGAAACGUCCCGAUUUGCACUCUUUUUAAUACAAGUGUCUUUAUGAAAAUAACACUGGGUGUGCGACUUCAUAUAUGAUGACGUCAUGAAACCGAACUUCCGCUUCAUAACAUUUUCAGGGGUCAUCCAAUCAGUGAUGUUUAUAUGACUUCUCCCUUGUGUUGCCAGGACACUGGUACCAGAAUUAUUGUAUGGAAAGACGUCAGUGCUAACAACCACGACUUCUCACCUGUUUCUUUUGAUCACAAUACAUAGAGGACACUUUACCUUUCUUGUCAAAUAGAAUGUUUCGACAAAGUUAAUGGGUAGCCAACAAGAUGAGAUAAAGUGUUAUAUAUCCAAAAUAAAUUUAAAAAGAGAGCAAAACAAAAGGACAACAAUUUUCUUUAGAAAAACAACAAAAAAGACAAGU